GUUACUAAUGGCGGCGUACACGAGUGAAGCUGUGCUUUUGAUGCUUCUCAUUGUCUUGUGUGCAACACCAACAAAUGCCUUUAUUGAAGGUUUAUAUUGUGGAAAAGAAAGUUGUUAUGAUGUGUUGGGAGUUACAAGAGAAGCAACAAAGGGAGAGAUCAGUAAAUCAUAUCGACAGUUAGCCAGAAAGUAUCAUCCUGAUAAGUAUAAGGGGCCUGAUGCCGAUACCAAGUUUCAGACAAUAGCAACAGCUUACGAAAUACUACGAGAUGAAGAUCAAAGAAAAGAUUAUGACUAUAUGUUGGAUAAUCCAGAGGAGACUUAUCGGCAUUAUUAUAGAUAUUACAGAAGACAAUAUGCACCUAAAGUGGAUGUAAGAGUUGUUAUUGCCGUCACCAUAACUGUUAUAUCAGUAUUUCAGGUAUCUAUCGGUUCUGAUACCGGGAUACCAAGCAAAGGGCCCGAUAGUGGGGAUGCCGCUGUAUUUCGGCUUCCUACCGCUGAUCGGAGGGCAUCUGCACAGUCUGUUUUUUCAGGCAGUGGGUUACCCAAAUUUACCGGCAACUAUGGGGGCAGCGCUGGCACCGGUUUUGCCGCUGAAAUGAGGGAUUUGGUUGAAGUACUGUCGGGGCAAAUUGCGUCCCGGGCAGGCAGAGUAGACCACCUGCAGGCAGAGCGAGCUGUCUCCACUGCGGCCUCUCUGCCGGCAAGUAGGAAGAAACACAGAAAGCACCAUUCGCACAAUAAACACGUUUUUUCCCACGUGUCCCAGCCGUGGGUCACACCGCCAUCCCCUCUGAUUCGGGGGAGGCCGCGCCUCAGGCUAGUCGGGGACCUCAGGCACGUAACACCAACGGGGAUGCUGGUAGCCAAGGCUCCGUUUUCGGGGCAGGGCGUUUGGGGCAGGACAUACAUUGUACCUCUCCCUCCUCUCAGUCCAGGUAACACUAUGUAUAUUCCCCCACCCUCGAUCCUAAAGCAGUCACUUACGGUCACUUCUACGCUGAUGGGAUCGCAGGCGCCGGAGACUAUCCAACACGCCCUGAGGGCAGAGUUGCGACCCAUUAAUUUUCUAGAAUUCGUGGGCGCCACACUGGAGCGCAUUCUUGUGCGCGCCCAGGACCCUGAGACCUCAGACGCAGAACGCAGUCGCCUCCUAGACCAGGCCACAGUUAAUAGUAGGCCACCGCACGGCUAUGUGCGAUAUCCUCCAGUGUCAUAUGGCUCUCUUGGUCGGGGCUACUACUGUGCAGCGGGACGCGGUUUUAGACGCGUGUGUUUUUGCCGAGUCAGGGGGUACGCCACCGCCUCAGUUACGCAGACUGGACAUCGCCCACCCUCGUUGAUGGGGAGAUAG